AUGGAUAAAACUCAAAAUGAUAAUGCAUGUCCUCCACUAAAUAAACAUGUAAUUUUUUCAGAACCUCCUUCUUCUCUUUCUUCUGAACAAAAUACUUCUGUCUCAUCCACGGUGAGAGGAAUUAGUCGACCGAAAUCGCGAAAAACUAUCGAUGUUGUUAGGAGUAAUCAUAAAGAGCAUAAGCCGCGAUCAUUUAGUCUUGACAGUGGUUAUAGAUAUUAUCAUCAUCCACAAUAUAAUAUUUACAACCGAAAUGAUAAUAAUUAUGAACAUUUUUGUUGCGCUUAUGAACCUCAACUACCUGAGUCACUAAUUGAAAGAAGAGAAAGAAGACAUUCGUCGCCUAAGUAUCCAAUUUAUGGCUACUCAAGUUCGGAUGAUAAACUAUAUGAUUCACCAAGUACAAAGCUUUAUCCAUAUACGAAUAUUUUUAUGGGUAACAAGGUGAAUAACAAGAAGAAUGGAGGAUCAGAAAAUUUAGAAUCAGGCAAGGUGAAUAACGAGAAGAAUGGAGAUUCAGAAAAUUUAGAAUCAGGCAAAGAAAUUACUAAAGAAUUCUUAUAUAAUUUUGAAGCGUGGAAGGAACAAUUAUUUUGUUUAAAAUGA